CAAUUUCCCUUCCACCGCUGCACGUUUCACGGCCUCCGACGAUGCAGCGGCGGUCGCUCGCGUUGCAUUCGAUCACCUACGGUGUUGCCGCUGGAUAGAUCGUUCAUUACCACGAGUGCAGUGCGAGUCGCAGAGAAGGAGCGAUUGGUGGAUGGGGGAGGGAGCUACCGGAGCAGUCACUCCCAUCCCAACAGUAGUCUGCCUGGGCAAGAGAGAGAGGGGACGGAGCCAGCCAUUCAUUCUUCUGCGGUCCCGGAGAAAACGUGGAGGAUGAAGAAGGGACACUGAGGAGGGAAAAGAAGAAGAAGAAGAAGGAGGAAAAACAAACAAGCCCCAUCGAGUCAGGAUCGAGUCCGACAGCCCGACCUGAACUGCAACAAACCUCGGGGAAGGCACAGGCAAGAUCCCUCAACUUGCUGGAUUUCAGAGGCGUCGCUUCAAAAUCGCACAGCCAGCAGUUACACGUUGUGGAGAGCGGGAAGGGACUCUUACACCAUCUGGAUUUAACUGAAGAAAGUUGUCUCUGCGUCCGCAGCGAGAUCCCACACAAGAGGUGUGUCUGAUGUGACGCCAGCAGGCUGGCUCAGGGAACACAACUUCAAUACAAUGUAGACACCAAAAACCAGACAGAAUAAGAGUCAGAACACCGAGCCGACAGCAGCAGGGUGCGUUGAAGGAGGAGGAACAGCUGUGCCGAAACAAACCCAGCAGAAGAUAAGAGGUAAAAGAAGCAGAGAGAAAAGAAGGAAGCAGCAAGCUGUGAAUCAUUGACGUGACCCUUACGUGUACAGCAGUGUCACCUACUUCUUCCUGUGAAGUGUUCACUUGCUCUCGGAUCUCCGCCGGAGAAGGAUCACCACCUCAGCUCUCAGUCUUUCGAGGGCACCUGACCCACGGUCCACCUCUUCACCUCACAGCGAAUCUGAACAGAGGGAGACUCCAGCCGCCGUCAGCAUGUGCCAUGUCAUUGUCACCUGCCGCUCCAUGCUGUGGACUCUGCUGAGUAUUGUGGCCGCGUUCGGAGAGCUCAUCGCCUUCAUGAGCACUGACUGGCUGGUGGGAUUCCCCCGCACCCCAGAUGCCGUCUUCGGCCCCCAUGGGGCCACCACAGCCGGAGAGGCCUACAGGCCCACUCUAGGCAUCUAUGGCCGCUGCAUAAAACUGCCCCACCUGCAGCGUGGGAUACUGUGCGGACCGUACGCGGUACACUUUGGGGAGAUUGCCAGCGGGUUCUGGCAGGCUACUUCUAUCUUCCUGGCAGCAGGGAUCCUGCUGCUGUGUGCCGUGGCGUUCAUCUCGGUCUUCACCAUGUGCUUCCAAAGUAUCAUGAAGAAGAGCAUCUUCAAUGUGUGCGGACUGCUGCAAGGGAUCGCAGGUCUGUUUCUGAUCCUGGGUCUGAUGUUGUAUCCUGCUGGCUGGGGUUCAGACAAGGUCCAGUUGUACUGCGGUCCCGACGCGGCCCCGUACCGGGCCGGGCUCUGCUCCAUGGGCUGGGCCUUCUACACCGCCAUGGGCGGCACCGUGCUCACCUUCAUCUGCGCCGUCUUCUCCGCGCAGGCCGAGAUCGCCACCUCCAGUGACAAGGUCCAGGAAGAGAUCGAGGAGGGCAAGAGCUUGAUCUGCCUCCUCUGAGGGCUCAGAUACUUUAGUCCUGUGGGGAAAAGAGAAGAAGAAGAAGAAGAAGAAGAGAGGCAGGCCAAUAAUCAUCAACGCCUGUUCCUCUGCCUUUUCUCAUGUGAUCGGCUUGUGAAAUGGAGGCCUCUGCAUUGUUUACCACUAAGACUGACUAUAAUUUUGUCUUAAGUUUUGUGUUUACGUGGGAGAAAUCUACAAGUGCCAAGUUUUUUUCUCAUCGUGUGUCUUUGUCUUUCUGCCACUAGAGGUGCUGUGUCUGUUAUUGUAUUCAUGUGUAACCAUGUGGGCGCCCAGACAGGCUUCGUAUGUCACCACAUGCUCUGUAAAUAGGUGUGAUUAUAUAUAUUUUGUACAUAGUUACGAUCACAGAAUGAUGGUCAUCUUGAUCCAGGCCGGGCUGAUGAAGUCACUCUUGCCUUUUAAAAAAAAAAACAAAAAAAAACAAAAAAAACCAAAAACCAAAAAAAAAAAAAACUGGUGUCUGGUGUUUUUGUCACCAGACCACAAUCAGUAGACCUGGAUCUGUUAACUGUUGGCCACGUUUGAGUAUUAACUCAACAAGGGAACCACUACACAGUCAGAAUAAACUACUCACAGAAUAUAUGGCCUUCAGCUCGGAGUGGAUGUCCUAUAAAGCUUACAGAAUGUACUGUUAUAUGAAUGAUUCAUGUGUUUGCAGACCCUUGAAAUGUAUCGGUGAAACACGGACUGCGCGAGGACGAGCGGAGGAACCUGUGCGGUGCAUUUUGUCGGUCCUCCUGUUUUGCAGGAGAAAGGCGAAAUGAAGUGAGCCUCAAUCCUAGCCUUAGCUGGGAGAUGACCUGCGAAGGGUCUCUGCCCGGUCCUCCUUCGGCAGACAUCCUGUAAUCUGUGCACAAAGACUUGGACUGAAAGAUGAGGACACAUAAAAGAAGUGUUGCUGUUACUUGUAAUGUCUGGUUUCAGGGAGUCUGUUGACUCAUAGAUAGUGUCCUAUCUGUUCUCAUUUGUUUCUGUCGAACGAAUAAAGAGAAGGGAAAAAA